AUAUACCUACGCCACGUAAAAUUACACAGUCAUAGCGUUAUUAUCAUUUCGUGUCCACCAUUCGUAUAAACAACACUAGUUCGACACUAUCAAAAUGUUCGACACCUACGUGGAUCUAUCAGCUGAGCAGUACGAAAGAAUAUCCAAGCAAUAUGAGGUAUUCAAGGAGACCUGUGACGAUGUGACCAAAAAACCUGUAACUGUGUACAGUCCUUUGUCACAGAAGCACCUGGAUGAGCUGUACCUCAUCAGGGAAGUCAGUAAGACGCUGCAGAAGAAGAAGGAGGAGGAUAUGAAGAAGCAGGCUGCGCAAGCGGCAGCUGAUCAGGAAAAGAAGUCGGAAGAAGCUAAGGCCGAAGAAGAGCAGAAAGAAGAAGAAAGCAAGUAGAAUGCUGAAAUUGUCGG